AUGGAGAUCCCCGACAUUCCUGACGACCGCCCACAUAAGCCAGCCUCGGUGCUGACCUCGCCUACGAUCGUACUUGAUGAUUAUUCUCCAGAAUAUCCAGAGUCGCAGUAUAAAGCUCAACAACGAGAAUAUGACGAAAGCACCAAAGAUGAGCAGGUUCAUAUUGAGCAAUGUCCCACUCCACCGACUGAAUCUAGCCAGGACCUCCACUCGCAGCCUUCGCUGCACUCACAGCCUUCACUGAAAACACUACGCCGUCACUUUACCGUAAACGAAUUGCCUCUGUUGCAAGAAACCAACCCAAACAAUGGCGCCGAGGAGUUUUACCCCGUCGACGAAGAUGAAGAAGAUGGAUCAUACGAUUUGGUCGCACCAUACAAGGGCGAUGGGGCCCCACUACACACACUUGAGCGCCAAGCGGAUUCCAUGUUCUCAGCAGCACAUAUGCUAGCCAUUCUGAAGAACCCGCGAUACCUUGCGCAAUUUCGAGAGUUCAUACUCCAAGAGCGACCGGGAUCAACUCCAGUGUUAACAUACUACCUUAAUACAUGCAAGGCUUUGAAAGCGUUGGAGUAUGUCAAUGCUCUGGUCAGACUCUCAGUGGAUGUGCCUCCGGCCGGGAUCGAGCCGGCAGAGCAACCAGUGGGACCUACCACUAAUUUAGCCUUGGAAGCCCGUGUGCAAGAUGCGCUAAACGCCUUGACGGCAGAAGAACUGCCGGCUUUUAUCACAUCUACCUGCAUUAAUAUCACAAGUAAAGUUGUGGAAGAACGGGUUCGUGGAACUCUUCCGGAGAAGUUUCAGGGUACCGCCGAUGCGUUGGCAGAAGUAUUUUGCUUGACGGAUCCAUCACGACCUGAUAACCCGAUUAUCUUCGCUUCCGGAGAAUUCCACCGAACUACACAAUAUGGCAUGAACUAUGUUCUUGGACGCAAUUGUCGGUUCUUGCAGGGACCCAAGACCAACCCCAACAGUGUCAGACGUCUCAGAGAAGCCAUUAAAGCCGGGAGGCAUCACUCGGAGCUUUUCCUUAAUUACCGCCGCGAUGGGUCCCCGUUUAUGAAUCUCCUUCAAUGCGCUCCUCUUUGCGAUAGUCAAGGAAAGGUUCGCUACUUUAUUGGUGCACAAAUCGAUGUUUCCGGGCUUGCUAUGGAAGGUGCACAAAUGGAAUCAUUACAGAAUCUCACCGAGCAGUUGGCAAAGAAAGAUAGGGAAGAACCAUGGAAGCAGCCCAAAUCCGAAUUUCAAGAAAUGGGAGAACUGUUCAGCCCGCGUGAGCUGCAAAACAUCCAUGCGUAUGGUGGCAACUUGUUCCAACCUAUCGAGGAAAGGGUCAACCCAACAAAUAGCCGUCUAUUUAUCCCCGGAAGCCCUGACGAUGAGGCGGACAAACGCCUUAGCGAGGCCCAGCUGCCAAAACCAUCAGCAGGUCUCGGUGGUUCUUUGACUGGUGUCUACCAACACUACCUCUUAGUUCGACCAUACCCAUCCCUCCGCGUUCUCUUCACUUCCCCCUCUAUGCAGAUUCCCGGUAUGAUGCAGUCAUCAUUCCUGUCAAGGAUUGGAGAUACAGGUGAAAAGAGAGAUAGCAUUUUGCAUGCUAUGAUGGCGGGUCGCAGUGUGACAGCCCGGAUCAAGUGGGUGACACGAUUUAGUGAGAAUGGUCGAUAUCGCUGGAUCCACUGUACGCCACUAUUGGCGAAUAAUGGGGAAGUCGGUGUGUGGAUGGUGAUUGUUAUCGAUGACGAAGAAGAACAGCACUAUGUGCAAUGGAAGGGAAACUGGCCUACC